CGGAGCCGGGGAGGGGCGGGGCCGUGUCAGGCCGGGCAGCGCCCCAUGCGCGCGGUGGCAGAUCACACCAGGCUCGCGUAGAGGGGACCUGCGGGAGGAUCCCUUCAUCCCCACUUCUGCCAAGUCGUCCCUGCCACUCAGGCCGGGUUCAGAUGGCGUUGGACGGUGGCCCCACUGCCUGCUCCUUCCUUAGCUGGGGAUUGACGGAUGCCCCAGAACCUUGAAGAAAAGAGCCAGGCCCUCCCCUGCCGUCUUCGCCACCACCAGAAGAGUCCUGAGGCCGUCACAGUCUCAGCCAUGUACACCUUCCUGCCCGACAACUUCACGCCCGCCAAGCCCAAGCCCUCCAAAGAACUGAGACCGCUGCUGGGCUCCGCGGUGCUGGGGCUGCUACUGGUGCUGGCCGCGGUAGUGGCCUGGUGCUACUACAGCGCCUCCCUCCGCAAAGCCGAGCGCCUGCGUACCGAGCUGCUGGACCUCAAUCGCGGCGGCUUCUCCAUCCGCAACCAGAAGGGUGAGCAGGUCUUCCGCCUGGCCUUCCGGUCUGGGGCAUUAGACCUGGACUCCUGCAGCCGCGACGGCGCCAGGCUGGGCUGCUCGCGCACUGCAGAUGGGCGCCCACUGCACUUCUUCAUCCAGACCGUGCGGCCCAAGGACACGGUCAUGUGCUACCGCGUGCGCUGGGAGGAAACGGCGCCGGGGCGCGCUGUGGAGCACACCAUGUUCCUGGGCGACGCUGCGGCGCACUGGUAUGGUGGCGCCGAGAUGAGGACGCAACACUGGCCCAUCCGCCUGGACGGCCAGCAGGAGCCGCAGCCGUUCGUCACCAGUGAUGUCUACUCUUCCGACGCCGCUUUCGGGGGCAUCCUAGAGCGCUACUGGCUGUCGUCGCGCGCAGCUGCCAUCAAAGUCAACGAUUCCGUGCCCUUCCACCUGGGCUGGAACAGCACAGAGCGCUCCCUGCGGCUCCAGGCACGCUACCAUGACACUCCAUAUAAGCCGCCCGCCGGCCACAUUGCAGCGCCCGAGCUCAGCUACCGGGUGUGCGUGGGCUCCGACGUCACCUCCAUCCACAAGUACAUGGUGAGGCGUUAUUUCAACAAGCCGUCCAGAGUGCCGGCGCCCGAGGCCUUCCAGCACCCCAUCUGGUCCACGUGGGCGCUCUACGGGCGCGCCGUGAACCAGGACAAGGUGCUGCGUUUCGCGCAGCAGAUCCGCCAGCACCACUUCAACAGCAGCCACCUGGAAAUCGACGACAUGUACACACCUGCCUACGGCGACUUCGACUUCGACGAGGCCAAGUUCCCCAAUGCCAGCGACAUGUUCGACCGGCUGCGCGCCGCGGGCUUCUCCGUCACGCUCUGGGUGCACCCGUUCGUCAACUACAACUCCUCGCGCUUCGGCGAGGGCGUGGAGCGCGAGCUGUUCGUGCGCGAGCCCACGGGCCGGCUGCCCGCGCUGGUGCGCUGGUGGAACGGCAUCGGCGCCGUGCUGGACUUCACGCGCCCCGAGGCCCGCGACUGGUUCCACAGCCAUCUGCAGCGGCUGCGCGCGCGCUACGGCGUGGCGUCCUUCAAGUUCGACGCGGGCGAGGUCAGCUACCUGCCGCGGGACUUCAGCACCUACCGGCCACUGCCCGACCCCAGCGUCUGGAGCCGGCGCUACACCGAGAUGGCGCUGCCCUUCUACUCGCGGGCCGAGGUGCGCGUGGGCUACCAGUCGCAGAACAUCUCCUGCUUCUUCCGCCUCGUGGACCGCGACUCGGUGUGGGGCUACGACCUGGGGCUGCGCUCGCUCAUCCCCGCCGUGCUCACCGUCAGCAUGCUGGGCUACGCCUUCAUCCUGCCGGACAUGGUGGGUGGCAACGCGGUGCCCGAGCGCACGGCCGGCGGCCCGGACGGGCCGGAGCGCGAGCUGUACGUGCGCUGGCUAGAGGUGGCUGCCUUUAUGCCCGCCAUGCAGUUCUCCAUCCCGCCCUGGCAGUACGGCGCCGAGGUGGUGGCCAUCGCGCACAAGUUCGCAGCGCUGCGGGCUUCGCUGGUGGCGCCGCUGCUGCUAGAGCUCGCGGGUGAGAUCACAGACACCGGCGACCCCAUCGUGCGCCCCCUUUGGUGGAUCGCGCCGGGUGACGAGACCGCGCACCGCAUUGACUCGCAGUUCCUCAUCGGGGACACGCUUCUCGUGGCGCCGGUGCUGGAGCCCGGCAAGCAGGAGCGCGACGUCUACCUGCCCGCCGGCAAGUGGCGCAGCUACAAGGGUGAGCUCUUCGACAAGACACCUGUGCUGCUCACGGAUUACCCGGUGGAUCUGGACGAGGUGGCCUACUUCACCUGGGUGUCCUGAGUCAGCCCAAGUCUGGGAACCCACAGCCGCAGCUCCAGAGCUUAAUCUCCCCAAACCCUGACCCCCAGGAAGUCACCACCUCUGUUCCUCCCAAAACGUGGGUGCUGACUUAGAGUCCUGGAGCCAGGAAGGCACCCUGAAACAAUCUCUGGCUCCAGCACACAAUCCUGACAGUCCCUUUCCCCCACUCACUCCAGGCUGCAGAAACCCUCCUCUAUGGUGGAGGCAGAGAACUUGCAAGAGAGAAAUGUGGGUUCUCUGUCUGUUACACACACAUGGUCUGGCUUUAAAAGCACAAAGAGAAACAUCUUCCUCUGUCCUCGCCUUCAUGGCCAUCUUUGUCCUUUGAAGGUGGAAACAGUCCCAAAAUAGUCCCUUGCCACACCUUAGAAAAUAUGGGGCUGGGGAUUUAGCUCAGCGGCAUAAGCGCCUGCCUUGCAAGCAGGCAGUCGUGAGUUUGAUCCCUGGUAUCGAUAAAAACAAAAAAGACAAAAAAAAAAGAAAGAAAGAAAAUAUACAUUUCUGGCGUUAGAAGCAAGGCCCCGAGCUCCCAGCAGAUGCCUAAACAGUGGCUGCCCUGGUCCUGCUCUAUCUGGGGAAAUGGCCAAUGGACGAAGAGGCAAGCAUCCCCUUGUGGGGAGCAGAAAGACUGGGCUCAGCCUGGAGCUAUCACUGUUUCCCUACCUGGGAAAAGACUCCUAACACUGGACUAACAUCUGUGUACGCACCUGGACACAGCCAUGAGUCUGAUGGCCACGGACUGGACUUGUAGGGCCAUGCCGGCCAGACUUGAUGCCUUAACUCAAGAGUGUAUGUGUGCGUGCGUGCGUGCGUGCGUGUGUGUGUGUGUGUGUGUGUGUGUGUGUGAAGGGGUAGUGAGAAUGGCACACACCAUGAGUCCUGAGUCUAUAGAAUGAGCAUAUCUCUGAGGUCAAAUAAGCCUGGAUGGAGGAGGAAGGGGACAAAUUCCAGGCUACCAGUGUUGAGCUAGCCCUUACCCAAGUGGUUUCUUUGGGACUCGGAUGGGAAAUAAAUAGCUCUUUUAAGAUUCUUUGGCUUUCUCACACUGCACAUGUGGCAGGGGUAUGGCCUCAAAGUGAGUAAUGUUCUUAUUCUGGCAGUGGUGUGUUUGGCUACCACACACUAACACCUGCCAACAUGGAGACAGGGUAAGGUCUUUCGUCUCUGCCUUUUCCCUAAGAUGAGCCUGAGCCAGAGUGCGUCUGUCCUGACUUUGCUACUGAGUUGGGGAAGGGAGGAAGUGGGGAACAGGGUAGAGCUGAACUUCCCUCAGCAGCUCUGAGAGGUGCUCUACUCCCUGGAGAAUGUUUCCCUUUGCCCACCUUUUUAUUUUCUCAUUGUGAAAAAUGUCUCUUGAAAGCAUUGGGCCCCUUACAGAUGCCCAUCUCUAGGGCCAACUCAGCUAUAUGACCUUGAACAAGUUGCAUAACCCAGCAGUUUCCUAUAUGUAUAAUGUCUACCUCCAAAGUCAUUGUGACAGUUACAAGCACAGAUGUAUGUAAAGUGCCUAGCACAAAGUAGGUGCUCAAUAAAAAGUAACUAUUAGAA